UAUUAUUUUAGACAUGAACUGCGCAACAAACAUCACAUCUCAGCUUUGCCAAGCAGUGGGCAAUGAGGACGCAAGGUCAGUGCAGACGCUGUUAUCCCAAGGAGCUAAUCCCAACUUGAUUCUAGACAAGGGUGUCGCGGCCAUACACUUGGCUGUAGGCAAAGAAUCAGAAAAGGGGAUCCGCUGCCUGAAACUGAUCUUACAACAUGGGGCUGACCCAAAUCUCAGGUCAUCAGAAGGACUUACUCCCUUGCACAUUGCUGCUCUGUGGGGAUGUUAUCAGACUCUGAAGCUGCUUUUAAAAAAUGGUGCCAAUCCAAAUCUUAAAGACCAGGAUGGCAACAAAGCUGGUAGACUGGCCAAGCAGCAGGACAACCGCCGGUGCGCUAUGCUUCUGUCUGAACAUGAAUCCCAGGCUGCACAAGCUGAGGUUGAAGACUUUCCCAAGUUCCAAUACUCGGUUUACUCCGGGCAGCCUGGUCGAGAGUGCUCUUACUCUUCCGCUGGAGAUGACUACAGCAACGCCUCUCUGGGCAUGUCCAUGCUGAGUGACAUGAGCGAAGACCCCCUGAGCAGCACACGCAGGUCCUCCUGUCUCAACUUCUCCUCCGUCUUCAGCGGCAGGCCCAGUCUCCAUGGAGGAGGAGGAGGAGGCUGGGCUGGCGGCCGCCUGGAGGUGUCUGACAUCUCCGACCUCCGAGGCCCUCAGGACUCCGUCUUGGAGUUUGACCCGCCGUCCAUCCUCUCCAGCACCCGUAUGUCUGUGGCAGGCAUCAGGGAUCGGUCCGGCCUGCCGGUCCUUCAGGGGGACGAGACUGUUUUUGACGGCAGAGCUUUGCGGUACGAUCACGGCUUUCGGAGGCCUUCUGACGUCCACCCUCCCCCGGCUGGGUAUUCCAGACGGGCGAGUCGCAAAAGCGUGAGUUUCCGAGACGUGGACGAGUACUACCCUGUGUUUGACGUCGUCGACUCUCCCAGACGGCUGCGACCCGUCACUCAGGAGAGUUCGGAGUCGUGCGAUUCCACCGUGGACUUCUCAGAGUACACGGAAUUCUUCGACGCGGAAAGGAUGGCCACCGUGUUGCAUCAUCAGGGCAUUGACGUCACGUCGCCCGAUCACGUUUACGUGUUUACUCGCGACGACGACACGAGCUCAAACGCGGACUUGGAAAAGACGGUUCUGACGUGGCUACCGACUGAAGAGGAGGAGAAUCAGGAUGACGUAGCCACAGAGUGUGUUAGUGAGCCAGAGAGUAAAGUCCAGCCUCUACCGCCCUCAGGGAGCAGCAGUAGUAGUGGGACAAGUAAGUACAGCAGCUGUGACAGCGAGGACUACAAAAGCUGCAUCGGGGACGCGUCACCACUUGACGACUUACACAGAUCUACUGAGGAAGAUGAGGGUACUCAACAGGGCCCUUCCGCAGAUCAUCAGUCUAACACGGUCAGUAAUACACAAGUAGAGUCGGACAUUACUCAAAUGAAAAGAGACUCGGCACAAGAUGAACGCAGUGCCUGCAUUGGCACGGAGCCUUCAACGGUGGCAGAGGUCGCAGAACUGUUGAGCAACCUCACGUGUGACAGCAGGACAAAGGACCUGGAGGACGAAGGUUGCGAUGUGGUGGUGAGUCCGUUCGUCACCGGCAGGACGCGCUCGAGGCUGAGCCGCUGCUCGCAGCGGGCCAGUCAGAGCUCCUCCUCGCUCUCCUCCACCUCCCUCUUCGAGGUCACCCUGCCCACGCCGCCGACUCGCAUGCGCCGCACGGUGAGGUCGCAGGACAGUCCGGCGGACGGUUACUGCGCCUCGCCAUUCUUGGCAGGCAGAUGUGGUGGGAGCUUGGCCACUGAUUGUUCCCAGUCUCAAGUAGAGGUCCUGAGAGCUGAGCAAGGCAUGCCUUCGUAUGAAGGACUUAGUCAAGCAGACACGGUCCUCCUCUCCACCAGCAUGGCCGACACCAUCAUCCUGGAGAGCGGAGGUGGUGAAAAGUGCCCAAUGCCCUUCGGCGUCCCCAAGGGUUUGAUGUCAGAGAGCGAUUUUGAGCAGGAGGAGGACAUUGUCAGCAGCAGUGACUUGAUCACCGAUGACCUCUCCACUUGCAGCGACGUGAGAAGCCUCUCCCCGUCGCAGGGAUCCACUCAGAGCAGCAACAGAGAGAGCGUGGAGGACUCCUGGGUCAGCGAGAUGGAGUCUCAAUUCUGCUCCUCCCAGGCCAGCGUCAGCGACACGCCGCAGAAGUACGCCCCCGACACGCCGGGGACCGGGUGCACGCCGCGCUACAGCAUGAGCAGGCUGUCGGGGGGCCACUGCAGGCCCCGCUCCCUGGCCAACCUGUCCUACACCCCCGGCGGACGCCCACACCUGGUGGACGUGGACGAGCCCGUGGAGUACCUCUACACCGACACGGAGGAGGGCCACGAGCUGAUCGAGACCCAUGUGCCGCCUACGUCAAACACGUCCAUGAGCACCACCACCACCAGCAGCAGCGGCGACGAGACCGUGCUCUACGACUGGCGCGCCUUCAAGGUUAGCCCGAGCAAAGGGAAGGAGAACGUGGAGCCCAAAGAGGAGGCUUUGUCCAAGGAGUUGAAAGGGUUGACGGAUAAGGAGUUGAGGAGGAGGCUGGUGGAGCUUGGGCAUGCCCCUGGGCCCAUCACCGCUCGGACCAGGCCUGUGUACAUGGAGAGGCUGCUACGCCUCCAGCAGGAAGCCAACAGCCAGCCACAGUCCAGCACUGAGCACAGUCCUGAACUUCGGAAGACUCUGCAGACAUUUAUUUUACCCGAUGGCAGAAAUGAUGAGCAUGCCCUUUCUCAGCAGUUUGACCAACCGGAUCAGAACAAGAAGUGGCGUGAAGGUGUCAUUAAGUCCAGUUUCAACUACCUUCUCCUUGAUCCAAGAGUAACAAAUAACUUGCCCUUUCGAAGUCAAGCGAUGACCCCUAAGGAGUGUUUUCAGACCUUUGCCAGUGCCAUCUUCUACGUUGGCAAGGGCAAACGCUCUCGCCCCUACAGCCACUUGUAUGAGGCUUUGGACUACUACAGAGGAGACAAAACAUCCAAGAAACUCUGCUCGAAGGUGAAGCAUAUUUUGGAUGUUUGGAAUGCAGGCCACGGGGUGAUAUCCCUGCACUGCUUCCAAAAUGUCAUACCAGUGGAGGCAUAUACCAGAGAGGCCUGCAUGGUUGAUGCAAUCGGCUUGAAGAUGCUGACCAAUAAGAAGCGUGGUGACUAUUAUGGGGUGGCGUCGACCUGGGCGGCGAAGCGCAAGCGGGAGCUGGGAGUACACCUGCUGUACCGGGCCAUGCAGAUCUUCCUGGCCGAAGGAGAGCGCCAGCUCAGACCAGCGGACAUCAGGGCGGGAAACUGAACCCUGACCCCCCCAACGACGAAGUGGAAACGGUAAUGUGUCACAACAUGAGUUACCAGUAGAGCACUUAGUGGUUGCAUUAUUGUCAGUGGCAAAUGUGUGUGUCAGUGGCGGAUGUUUAACGUAGCAAAAACUAAGGACUGCUGUGGAAAAAAACGGGUUGACCACUAAAGUAUCGGUAAAGGCAACAUUGGACACUGAUCAAAGUCACACCUGGUGUGACCACUCGAGGUGGUAAUUGGCAGCUAGCAUGAUUUGGUACUGUUCUUUGUAAGCCCCUCAAGUUCUGAGCGAUGGACAUAGGGUGCCUUCGAUAUGGAUAUGUUCUUUCCACUGACUCCUCUCUUCUCAAAAGAUCAUCAUGUUAAGCUGAUCUCCUCUUAGCCUGCUUGAGGAGCAGCCACAGGUCUGAGCACCAGGUGGCACUAGAUGCUCUUACACGAAGCGGAAGAUGGCGUCUGUGUCGACAGUUGAAGGAGGGUUUUUUUAACGUCAGCACUCAUUGCCUUGGCUCUGCUGGUCCAGGGCUCAACUGUCAUUAUGAUGGGACAAAAAACAGCUUUUGAGACCAUGCUGUUUUUAGGAAGGACGUAUUGAAGAAUGAAAUGACCGAUAGGAUGUUGUAGGUUUAGGUUUGCUUUGAGACCUGGGGGACCACAUUUAGUGGGGUUUUCCUGUAAGGUCAUAUGUUGUUGUAACAGUGGAUAGUCACAACUAAAAACCACUUUGUAUUAGAAACUAGAUCCAACAUGUCUAACCACUUUUUAAAAAAAAUGCUUUUAAAUCCUUUUUUUAAAUCCUCAUCCAUCUCAGUCUCACAUGAUUUUUGUCACAAUAUCAAGUUUCCACAUGGUGUCAGAGUUGACAUUCAACUAUGCAGAACACGUUUAGGUUAUAAAAUAUGAUUUAAAGGAGUUCAGAUCAACAUAGGUGGUGUGUUCCAGUAGUUCACAAAAGCGUUAAACUUAUAAAUGGUAGACAAUUUGGUUGGUUUAUUUUCCAUAUGACACUAGAUGCACUCACAGGUUGGUGAUGUUUGUGUGAACAGAUGAUUUCUCCCCCCCUUUACCUGAUUUUCUUUGCCGUUUUUAGGAUGUUAAAUAUUGUACUGUGAUUGUGUAAAAUUGAUCAAGUCCAGCUUUCUUUUUAUGCAUUUCUGUGAUUCUUUUUCAUAUGAUUUAUUUUUUUAAAAGUACAAUGUAAAAGAAGUUACUUAGUUUUUUUAAUAGAUCUUUGUAAUGUCUUAAUGUUAUUAUCUUUCCCCAACCCAACUUGCAAAACAAAACAAAAAAAUAAAAACCAAACGAGUAAUAUUUUA